UCUCCUGAUGUUUUCCUAAUAUUCAUGUGCUUCUGUUUUGCCUCGAGGACCCUUUAUUCUCUCUGCCGGCGAUCUCACCUCUCUGACACUCCUGGCCGUGUGUAAGACACUUCCGGCAACUGGGUUCAUUUCUCUUGUUUAGUUGCAAUUGUUUCUGCUGAAACGUUUUGAUCUUGGUGUUGGUUAUUAUGUAAAGUUGGAAUCUUUGGUUGUGUUGGGGUGUUAAUGGAAUCAGGGGCUUGUGGGUGGUGUUCAUGUGGAUGAAUUGAUUGAUUUGUUUAGCUUUAAUGGAUUUCUGGGGUGGAAGUUGUCAGAAGAUUUAUGGGGUUGUUUUGUUGGGUGAGUUUGAUUGAAUUAAUGUGGUUUUACUGAGCUAGGGGUGGUUGUUGUUGUUCAAUUGGGUGUAGUUUAAUUUGUGUGGAGUUUCAGUAUUGGUAUUAAAGAGUUUUUGGGUUUUGAGGGGAGUUGUGAUUCAUGGAGGCUUUUGGAGGCAAGCCUCGGAGUGUGUACGGUCCAGUGGUGACGGAUUUGAAGGCGGUUGGGAAGAGGAGUUUGGAGUGGGAUUUGAAUGAUUGGAAAUGGGAUGGCCAUAUUUUUACUGCCACCCCUUUGAAUUCUGUGCCCUCUGAUUGUAGGAGUAGGCAGUUGUUUCCUACUGGGCCGGAGACUCCAGCCAAUGCCGGUUGGUCCAACAGUAGUUCAUCUGGUUCGGAUGAUGUUGGUCUGGGGAAUGAGAAAGGUAAAAGAGGAUUGGAUAAGAGGAGAAGGGCUGCUAUUGUGGAAAAUGAAGAAAUAGGUGAUGAAGCUGGGUCUCUAAAUCUCAAGCUUGGUGCGCAAGUUUACCCAAUUUUGGAAGAAGAUGUAAAGACUGGGAAGAAGACGAAGAUUGUUGGGACUACUUCCAACCGUGCGGUUUGUCAGGUGGAGGACUGCAAGGCUGAUCUUAGCCAUGCCAAGGAUUAUCACCGACGGCAUAAGGUCUGUGAUAUGCAUUCAAAGGCAACCAGAGCUAUGGUGGGUAGUAUUUUGCAACGGUUUUGUCAACAGUGUAGCAGGUUUCAUGUUCUUCAGGAGUUUGAUGAAGGGAAGAGAAGUUGUCGUAGACGUUUGGCCGGUCAUAAUAGGAGGAGAAGGAAAACUCAUCCUGACACUGUUGUUAAUGGAGGCUCCAUAAAUGAUGAAAGGGGAGGCAGUUAUAUAUUGAUUACUUUACUGAGAAUACUCUCCAAUAUGCACUCUAAUAGCUCUAAUCAAACAAAGGAUCAGGAUUUGCUUUCUCAUCUGUUGAAGAACCUAGACACUAGUAAUGGUACUGUUGAUGGAAGGAACAUAUCUGCAUUGCUGCAGGGAUCUCAAAGUUUACUUAAUGGUGGGGAAUCUGCGAAGGUGCCAGAUACAGCUUUGAAUGGCAGCAAAUCCAGUAGGCCUUCUGUUUCAACCUCUAAGAUGGAUGAAUGUAUUAAUCUGGAAGGUCAUUUAAGGCCUAUAGGGCAGUGUCCAACAGGACCUGCGUCAGAGAAGUUACUUGUUGGUGGUAAUCUUGGAAGUCAAGCUCUUUCUGGUGCACAAGCCACCAAGUCACUUUCCUCCAGAGACAGUCUUCCAUCCAAAUCAGUUGCACGGGAAUAUGGGAGGAUCCAGUUAAAUGAGAUCGAUUUAAAUAGUACAUAUGACGAUUCACAGGAGUAUUUGGAGAACCUUGGGAAUUCUUAUUUCCCUGAAAACCCAGGAAUCGGGUCUCAUGGAGGUCCCUUUACGAUACAGCGUCAUUCUCAAAAGUCAAGCCCACCUCAGACAAGUGGGAAUUCAGACUCAACUGCUACUCAGUCACCAUCAAGUUCCAUUGGAGAAGCUCAGAGUUGCACGGAUCGGAUUGUUUUUAAACUAUUCGGAAAAGACCCAAGUGAUCUUCCAUUUGGUCUGCGAUCACAGAUCCUCGGCUGGUUAUCCAGUACUCCUACAGACGUUGAAAGCUUCAUAAGACCAGGCUGUAUAAUUUUGACAAUUUACCUUCGCCUAGAAAAAUCUACAUGGGAGGAGCUCUGCUAUCAUCUGGGAUCCAAUUUAGGAAAACUUGUAGAUGCUUCCAAUGAUCCUUUUUGGAGAACAGGAUGGGUGUAUACCAGGGUGCAACAUUUUGUAGCAUUUGUGUACAAUGGUGAAGUUGUCUUAGACACACCCUUACCUCUUAGAAGCCACAAAACAUGCAGGAUCUCAUGCAUCAAACCAAUUGCUGUGUCUUUAUCUAAGAGGGCUGAAUUUGUGGUGAAAGGUUCAAACCUUUAUAGUUCCACAACAAGGUUACUCUGUGCUCUAGAAGGGAAGUUUUUGGCCCAAGAAACUUGUCAUAAUUUGAUGGAAGGUACUGAUACGACCAGUGAGCAUGAUGAGCUACAAUGCCUCAGGUUCUCUUGCUCUAUCCCAGAUGUUACUGGCCGAGGAUUCAUUGAGGUUGAAGAUCAUGGACUCAGUAGCAGCUUCUUUCCAUUUAUAGUUGCAGAGCAGGAAGUUUGUUCAGAAAUUUGCAUGCUGGAGGAUUCAAUAGAGAUUGCCGAGUCUGCCAAUGACAUGCAGGCAAAUCCCAAAAUAAUGGAAGCCAAGAACCAGGCAAUGGACUUCAUACAUGAAUUGGGUUGGCUCCUUCACAAUAGUCAAGUUAAGCUUAGAAUUGGUCAGCCAGAUCCGAAACUAGACCUAUUUUCUUUUCAACGGUUUAGAUUGCUUAUGGAGUUCUCCAUGGAGCGUGAUUGGUGUGCUGUAGUGAAGAAACUCUUAGACAUUCUAUAUGAGGGUACUGUUGACCCUGGAGAGCAUCUUUCUAUUGAGCUUGCACUAUUAGAUAUGGGCCUCCUACACAGAGCUGUGCAAAGAAAUUGCAAGCCUAUGGUGGAAUUCUUGUUAAGAUAUGUCCCAGAUGGUUCAGAUAAAGAAGAGUUGAAUGAGAAGCAAGAAGUUUAUAGGAGCAGCAACAGGUUCUUAUUUAAACCUGAUGUUGUCGGUCCCAUGGGGCUGACUCCUCUUCAUGUUGCAGCUAGUACAGAUGGCUGCGAGUAUGUUUUGGAUGCCUUAACUGAUGAUCCUGGAAAGGUGGGUAUUAAAGCUUGGAAAAAUGCCCGAGACCGUACAGGAUUGACACCAUAUGAUUAUGCAUGCCUACGAGGCCGCUCCACAUAUCUCCAUAUUGUCCAGAGAAAAAUUAGCAAAACAGAAAGCGGCCAUGUGGUGCUUGAUAUGCCUGUCACGGUUUUAGACAAGAACACCAAGCAGAAACAAAUAGAUGGACAUAAGUCAUCAAAAGUAUCCAGCUUCGACACUGAGAAGAUUGCAAUGAAAGCAAUACCGCGAGACUGCAAGUUAUGUCACCAGAAACUAGCCUAUGGCAGCACAAGGUCACUGGUGUACAGGCCGGCAAUGCUGUCAAUGGUGGCCAUUGCUGCUGUUUGUGUUUGUGUGGCCUUGCUAUUUAAGAGCUCACCUGAAGCUUUUGGAGGCAAAGCUAGGGGCUUUUAUGGUCCAGUGGCGACGGAGAUGAGGGGAGUUGGGAAGAGGAGUUUGGAGUGGGAUUUGAAUGAUUGGAAGUGGGAUGGUGAUCUUUUUGCUGCUAGUCCUUUGGAUUCUGUGUUGUCUGAUUGUAGGAGUAGGCAGUUGUUUCCGGCUGGACCGGGGACUCCUUCCAAUGCUGGCUUAUCUAACAGUUGUUCUUCGGGUUCGGAUGAUAUUAGCCCUGGGGGGAAUGAGAAGGGUAAGAGAGAGGUGGAGAAAAGGAGGCGUGGUGCUGUUAUGGAGAAUGAGGAGGUGCAUGAUGGAGCUAGGUUGCUUAAUCUUAACCUUGGGGGACAAGCUUACCCGAUUGUUGAAGGAGAGGGAAAUAAUGGGAAGAAGACAAAGAUAGUUGGGAAUGGGACUAUUUCAAAUCGCGCUGUUUGUCAGGUGGAGGACUGUAGGGCUGAUCUUAGCAGUGCUAAGGAUUACCACCGACGGCAUAAGGUCUGUGUUAUGCAUUCCAAGGCGAGUGAAGCACUGGUUGGAAAUGUAAUGCAACGGUUCUGUCAACAGUGUAGCAGGUUUCAUGCUCUUAAAGAGUUUGAUGAAGGGAAGAGAAGCUGUCGUAGGCGUUUGGCUGGUCAUAAUAAGCGGAGAAGAAAAACACUUCCUGAUACAGCUGUUAAUGCAGGCUCCUUAAAUGAUGAAAUCGGAAACAGUUAUCUAUUAAUUAGUUUGCUGAGGAUACUCUCCAAUAUGCACUCGAAUACCGCUGAUCAAACUAAGGAUCAGGAUCUGCUAUCUCACCUGUUGAAGAGCUUUGCCAAUCUUGCUGGUACAGUUGAUGGGAGAAACAUAUCUGCAUUACUUCAGGCAUCUCAAGGUUUACCAAGCACUGGGUCUUCUGUUAAGACUACACAACAGGUGCCAGAUACAGUUUCCAACAUCUUGGAACCCAGUAGGCCUUCUGUUUCUGCCUUGAGUAUGGAUGACUGUGUUAUUAUUGAGGAACCUUUGAGGCCUAUAGGAAAGUGCUCGAUAAUACCAGCUUCAGAAAUGCAAAAGAGAAGAUUUUCAGAGGAUGGUGAUUUUGGAAGUCAAAUACAAUCAGGUCUACAGGGCAACAAGCCACUCCCAUCAAGAGAGAGUGCUCCAACUAAAUCAGUUACACCAGAUUAUGGGAGGAUCCAGUCACUUGACAUUGAUUUAAAUAGUCCGUAUGAUGAUUCACAGGAUGAUUUAGAGAACCUAGAGAGUUCUCAUGUCACUAUAAAUCCGGGGAUACACCAGGACUCUCACAAGUCAAGCCCACCUCAGACCAGUGGGAAUUCAGACUCGACUUUUACUCAGUCACCAUCAAGUUCUAGUGGAGAGUCUCAGAAUCGCACAGACCGCAUUGUCUUUAAACUCUUUGGAAAAGAUCCAAAUGAACUUCCAUUUGUUCUCCGAUCACAGAUUAUCGACUGGUUAUCCCAUAGUCCUACAGAGAUCGAAAGCUAUAUAAGGCCAGGAUGCAUCGUUUUGACAAUUUACCUCCGUCUAGAAAAAUCCAUGUGGGAGGAGCUCUGCUGCCAUCUGGGAUCAAAUUUGCAAAGCCUUUUAGAUGCCGUCGAUGACCCUUUCUGGAGAACAGGAUGGGUAUACACUAGGCUGCAACAUUUUGUUGCAUUUAUGUACAAUGGUCAAGUUGUAUUAGAUACACCCUUACCUCUCAAAAGCCAUAACAGUUGCAGGAUAGCAAGCAUCAAACCAAUUGCAGUCUCUUCAUCUGAGAGAGCACAAUUUGUUGUAAAAGGCUUUAACCUUCCCCAGUCCACCACAAGGUUACUCUGUGCUCUAGAAGGGAAGUAUCUUGCACAAGAAGCCUCAUAUGGCUUGAUGGAUGGUGUUGAUACAACUGUUGAGCAUGAGGAACUACAGUGCAUCAGAUUCUCCUGCUCUAUACCAGAUGUUACUGGUCGAGGUUUCAUUGAGGUUGAAGAUCUUGGUCUCAGCAGCAGCUUCUUUCCAUUUAUAGUUGCAGAGCAAGAAGUCUGUUCAGAGAUUUGUAUGUUGGAGGAUGCGAUUGAGGCUGCUGACGAUAUUCAGGCAGACCCUGAGAUACUGGAAACCAAGAACCAAGCAAUGGAGUUUAUACAUGAAUUGGGUUGGCUCCUCCAUAGAAGUCAUGUUAAGUUUAGACUUGGUCCCCUGGAUCCUAAUAUAGAUCUAUUUCCUUUUGGACGGUUCAAGUUACUUAUGGAGUUUUCUGUCGACCAUGACUGGUGUGCUGUGGUGAAGAAACUCUUGAAGCUUCUGUUUGAUAGUACUGUUGAUGCUGGAGAACAUCCUUCCGUUGAGCUUGCGUUACUGGAUAUGGCCCUCCUUCACAGAGCUGUUCGAAGAAAUUCCAGACGUAUGGUAGAACUCUUGUUAAGAUUUGUUCCGGAUGAAGGUUUUGAAUCAGAACAGAAGAAACAAGUUGAAGGGGAAAAGAACACUUUCUUUUUUAAACCUGAUGGUGUUGGUCCUCUGGGUUUGACUGCUCUUCAUGUGGCUGCAAGUAUUGACGGUUGUGAGCAUGUAUUGGACGCUUUAACUGAUGAUCCUGGAAAGGUGGGAAUGGAAGCUUGGAAAAAUGCUCGAGACAGUACAGGAAUGACUCCGUAUGAUUAUGCAUCCAUGCAAGGCCGCUACUCCUACAUCAAUCUUAUUCAGAGGAAAACCAGCAAGAAACUAGAGAGUGGUCAUGUUGUUGUUGAUAUCCCUGGUACUAAUUUAGACUGCAACAGCAAGCAGAAGCAUUCGGACGGGCAUAGAUCAUCAAAAGUAGCUAGUUUUGACACUGAAAAGUUUGAUAUACAAGCAUUAAUGCGGGGAGAUUGCAAGUUAUGUAGCCAGAAACUAGCUUAUGGCUGCAGAAGAUCACUAGUGUACAGGCCCGCGAUGCUAUCAAUGGUAGCCAUUGCUGCCGUAUGCGUCUGUGUGGCCUUGCUCUUUAAGAGUACACCUGAAGUUGUUUUCGUCUUCCACCCCUUCCGCUGGGAACACUUGAAGUUCGGCUCAAGCUAAGACAGUUCAGGCGCUACCAAUUCUUAGGCUUUUCUGGUGUUUGUAUGUAUGUAUAUCUGAGCUUUCAAAUAACAUGGGUUUUGGGGAUUGCUCACCAGGUUGUGUUCGUAUAUUGGUAAGACCGUAAGACCAUCGCUUCCCCUUUUGCCCUAUCAUUGUAAUUUGCAUGUGUCAUUGUAAACACUAUCAUAAAGUGGGAUAACACCAAUAUUUAUUUGUUAUCUUCUACUUGUCAAAAUAAAGCAGUGGCUCGGUGAACAUGAGCUUCAACAAAUGAAGAUUCUGUACAAAAUGGAUGAAUUUUCUUUAUUCUCU